UCCAACUCCACUCUUACACCAUUCGACACCGCAAUAUUAUAAAACAAUAAAAACAUGUCGGACAUUGAAGACCUUGAGCCCCUCGAGCCUACACUCCAGAACGUUAUCGACCAGACCUCAUUGCAAUGGAUCUUUGUCGGAGGCAAAGGUGGAGUCGGAAAGACAACCACUUCAUGCUCUCUCGCUAUCCAGUUGGCGAAGGCUCGUCCAAGUGUUCUCUUGAUCUCCACAGAUCCUGCCCAUAACUUGUCAGAUGCCUUUGGACAAAAGUUUAGCAAGGAUGCCACCCUCGUCAAUGGAUUUGAUAACCUUUAUGCCAUGGAAAUCGACCCCACAUCCUCUAUUCAAGAGAUGAUCGAAAACUCGGAUGAUCAGGGAAGCGGCGUCUCUUCCAUGAUGCAAGAUCUUGCUUUUGCUAUUCCUGGUGUUGAUGAAGCUAUGGGCUUCGCUGAAGUAAUGAAGCAAGUCAAAGCAAUGGAGUACUCUGUAAUUAUUUUCGACACUGCACCAACAGGACACACCCUUCGCUUCUUAUCCUUCCCCAGUGUUUUGGAGAAGGCUCUUGCAAAGGUCUCGCAGCUCAGUGGCCGUUUCGGUCCGAUGAUGCAACAAAUGUCGGGCAUGAUGGGUAUGCAAGGCAACCCCGAAGACAUGUUCAGCAAGCUGGAGGGUAUGCGUGAGGUCAUCACAGAAGUCAACAAUCAAUUCAAGGAUGCAGACAAGACCACAUUUGUUUGUGUGUGUAUCUCCGAGUUCUUGUCGUUGUAUGAAACAGAGCGUAUGAUCCAGGAGUUGACUUCGUAUCAUAUUGAUACCCAUAACAUCGUUGUCAAUCAGCUUUUGUUCCCCAAAAAGGAUUCAAACUGUGAGCAGUGUCGAGUGCGUCACGCUAUGCAGAAGAAGUACUUGGAUCAGAUCUAUGACCUGUAUGAUGACUUCCACAUCACCAGGUUACCUCUGUUGACAAACGAAAUCCGUGGGGUUGAUAAGUUGAUCCCAUUCUCAGAGAUGCUUGUGAAUAGCUCGUAUGUUGAUGAGAAAAAGGCUGAGGGUAUCGACGAUGCAAAGAUCAACGAUGAAAAGACUGGUGCUUAAAAGAAUAAAAAAAAAAAAUCACCUCGCUCGAGGCGUAAACCCUCCACUUUAGAUUAGCGCAGUUGAACAUGAAUUAUAUAUAUUUAUUUAUAUUACAAAAUUAAAUUUAUAACGAAUAAAACAAGA